AUGGCUCCAAAUAGAAUUAAAAGUCAACUAUCAGGGUCUCAAAAAAAAAAGAGGAGGCAACAAAGAGCUGCAUUAGAUCGACGUGAAGCCGGAUCUUUCAAGAGGUUUCUUGAGAGAAAAACUAAACAAGUGCACACUGAUACUAAUGUGAAUAUAUAUGACAAUGAGAAUGAGCAGGAGAACAAUGAGAUUGAGCAUGAGAACAAUCAGAAUGAGAAUGUUGAUGGUAGUGGUAACAUGGACAAGCCAAAUCUUUUAGAGAAUGAGGAAGAAAUAGUUAUAGCUGAAGAUGAUCAACAAGAUGCAUGUGAUGAUAUUAAUAUGCAAGAGGAAGAAAGAAAUUAUACUGAACAUGUUCAACAAGAUGCAAGAGGUAAUAGUGAUAUGGAAGAUGCAGGUGAAAAUAUUGAUAUGCAAGAGGAAGAUGAUCAACAUGGUUCAAGUGCAACAUUUGAUUUCUCAUUCGACAUUGAUGAUCUAGGAAAUUGGGAGAAGAUGGAACAGAAUUCCAGAGAUUUUAUAGUUGAAAGAGGUCCUAAAAGAGAAAGUAAUUUCACUUAUCCAGAUGAUCACAAGGGGAGACGUUUUAGUUCUAAUCAUUAUUAUCGUGUCUUACCUAAUGGUGAAAAGAAGAACAAGAGGAAAGAUCAUAACAAGACUUUGUUGGGCCAACUUGGUAAUGAAGGACUGAAUGAUUGGAAAAAUGUUAGCGCAAGACUCGCAAGCCAUGAAAGAAAUAAGCAUCACCUCAGUUGCUUUAGUAGUUGGAUUGAAUUGGAAAUAAGAUUGAAAAAGAAUGCAACAAUUGAUCAGGGGUUGGAAGAACAAAUCAAGAAGAAGAGAGAGCAUUGGAGACAAGUACUACUGAGGAUCCUAGCAGUUGUGAAAAGUCUUGUCAAAAAUAAUUUGUCAUUUCGUGGGAAUAAUGAGAAACUGUGUGAAGAGAACAAUGGUGUUUUUUUACAAGUGAUUGAGAUGAUCUCUAAGUUUGAUCCAGUGAUGCAUGAACAUGUUAGACGUGUUUUGAAGAAAGAAACUCAUUACCAUUACUUGAGUCACAAGAUCCAAAAUGAAAUGAUUCAGCUCCUAACAAAUGAGGUGAAAGCUUCUAUUGUUGCAACUAUUAAAGAGGCAAAGUAUUUUUCUGUUAUACUUGAUUGCACUCCAGAUGCUAGUCAUGAGGAGCAAAUGUCUCUUAUUGGCCGAUGCGUAGAUGUUACAGCAAGUCCUAUUGUGGUGAGAGAAUUCUUUUUGGGAUUUUUGAAGGUGAAUGAUACAACGGGACUUGGACUAUUUAAUGAGCUUACAAAUGCACUUGACAGUCAUACACUUAAUAUUGGUGAUAUACGAGGACAAGGAUAUGACAACAGAUCUAACAUGAGAGGAAAGCACAAGGGUGUUCAGAGUAGACUUCUAGAGUGCUUGGAAAAAGAUGGUGAUGAUUCUAAAACAAGGUCUACUGCUCAAUGCAUGGCAACAUAUGAAAUGGAUUUUGAAUUCUUGUUGGGGAUGGUUAUUUGGUAUGAUUUGUUGCAUGCUAUCAAUAUUGUGAGUAAAUUUCUCCAAACUGAAGACAUGCAUAUUGAUGUUGCUAUUGAAGAAUUGGAGAAACUUAUGUCAUUUAUCCAAAAGUACAGAGAAACUAGAUUUGAUGAGGCCUUAGUUAUAGCUAAAGAAAUUGCAAGUGAGAUGGAAAUUGAAGUUGCAUUUCGUGAAAAAAGAAAUACUCGAAAAAAAAGGCAUUUUGAUGAAAGUGAUAGUGAAGAUGAGGUGACACCAUCAUCGUUAGAAUCAUUCAAGUUGGAGAAAUUGAAAUAUGUAGAUAAUAAUAGUUUGAGGGACAAUUGUAUGAAUCUUGAAAAAUUGUUAAAAGAUGGUGAUGCCUCUGAUGUUAAUGGAAGUGACUUAUUCGAUGAAUUGAACUACUUAAGAAGAGCUAUACCAAAAGAAGCAAAGAGGGCAGUUGAUGUAUUGAACUAUUUGAAGCAAAGGGAUGAGUGUUACCCAAAUGCUUGGGAAAGAUUGAACGGUCUAGCUUUGUUGUCAAUUGAAAAAGAUUUGGCUCACAAGCUUGAUUAUUCAAGCUUAGUUGAAACUUUUGCAGCAAAAAAUGCAAGAAGGGUCAUUUUUCAAUAA